AUGCAUGCUAAGCCGCUUCAGUUGUGGCCAACUCUUUGCGACCCUAUGGACUAUAUAGCCCACCAAGCUCCUCCUCUUGUCCGUGGGAUUCUCCAGGCAAGAAUAUUGGAGUGGGUUGCCACUUCCUCCUCCAGCAGAUUUUCCCGAACAGGGAUUGAACCCGUGUCUCCUGCAUUGGCAGGUGAGUUCAUUACCACUAGCACCACCUGGGAAGAAUAUUUUCAUAUUGAGCAUAUCUUCCUUACUGUUAAGCCAAUUCUUAUUGCAUUUUCUGUUACAGCCCAAAGCAUCCUAACUAAUGCAGUUUUAUCAGCCCUCUCAUUUAGCAAGUCAGUAAUACAUGUCAUUCAUCCUUAA